AUGCGUAUUCAGACAUUAGGCAUGUUUCUUUUCUUCAUCUUUCAAACUGUUGUGAUGCAUAUGCUCGACACCCAAACCAGCUCCAUCCGCUGCGACGUGGGCUACGGCCUUAACUGCCAGGUCAUCUGCCACGGUGACGACUCCAUGUUGUAUCCCUUCUGCCAACAACACUUCAGCACCCCAGCCUCCAACGCCCAGCGUGGCGAUCCCCACAGCGCCACUGAACAUUGCGGAUCCCAUUACAUCCCGUUUGCGAGUCCUGUGCUGCUCUUGGUAGCGACAAAGAUGUCGAUCGAUGAUGUCGCGUUUCUUUCGGGCAUUAUGUACUGCAAGGCUGGAGAUAGUGGUUGA